AUGGCCACACAAGCCGAUACUAAAUCUAGGAGUCACAAUGAAUAUACCGUGGGAUGGAUUUGCACGCUCCUCAAGGAGCAGACUGCAGCAACGAGCAUGCUGGACCAGAGACAUCCAAGUCUUCCACAACCAUCUAACGACCCCAACACAUACACCUUAGGAUCCAUUGGCAAGCACAACAUUGUCAUAACCUGUUUGCCGAGAGGCAGGUACGGCACUAAUUCAGCCGCAACUGUCGCUAUCCAGAUGGUACGGACAUUCCCAUCCAUCAAAGUUGGCCUCAUGGUUGGCAUCGGCGGUGGUAUCCCGCCCAAGGUCCGACUCGGUGAUGUAGUGGUUAGCACGCCCGUGGGUGAGUUUCCAGGUGUAGUCCAGUGGGAUAUGGGCAAGACAAAGGACGGCAGUUUCGAGCGGACCGGAGCGCUAAACAAUCCACCAACCUCACUCCUCACUGCCUUAACCAAGCUGGAGACGGAACAUGACUUGUACGGGACCAAAAUACCGGAGUCUCUGGAAGAACUAAAGCAGAAAUGGCCAAAGCUAGCACCGACGUAUCUAAAGUGUGAUUCCUUGGAGGACCCUUUGCACGCACAUGAGUUCCAUCAUAGUCGGGGCAGGCGGCAAGUCAUUUUAAGUCUCUGGGAGAUGAUCCAAGCAUUUGUCACGUAUCUGUUAGGCUGGUGGGUGUUUACUCCCAGACAUCGUGGAUCCAAUCGAGUGGCAAGCAACGCAACGAACAUUGUAGGUGAUGGGAGUCAAAGCCAGCCUGGAGAUGUUCGCGUGCACUAUGGGCUGAUCGCAUCUGGAAAUCGGGUAAUUAAUGACGCUACCUUUCGAGAUAAACUCGAUCGUCAGUUUGGUGGCCACGUUCUUUGUGUUGAAACGGAAGCGGCGGGAUUAAUGAACGACUUCCCAUGCAUUGUCAUUCGAGGAAUAUUCAAUUAUGCAGACUCACACAAGAACAACAAGUGGCAGGGAUAUGCUGCAACUGUAGCCGCGGCGUUUGCAAAGGAGCUGCUAGAAUAUGUGAAACCGUCUGAUGUUGAUGAAGAACGUCCAGUGAAGGACUUUCUUGACCAAAUCCUUGAAACCGUGUCCAGGAAUGGGGCCGAUCUUAAAGUGAUGAGGUCUAAAUUGGCCAGGAAGGAGGAUCAGGACAUUCUUGACUGGCUUACGCCAAUCAACUACGGCCCGAAACAAAGUGAUAUCUUCAGGAGGCGGCAACCCGGAACCGGUCAAUGGCUACUACACUCGGCAGAGUUCCAGAAAUGGUUCAAUACAAGUCACCAAACAUUGUUUUGCUCAGGUAUUCCUGGAGCCGGAAAGACGGUUCUCACGUCUAUAGUAAUCAACAGUCUUAUCAAUUUCUUUCCCCAGGAUUCAACUGUUGGCAUCGCGUACAUAUAUUGCAACUUCCAGCGGAAGGACGAACAGAAUAUUGACCACUUGCUUGCGAGUCUGCUGAAACAGCUAACCGAGAGGUGCUUUUCCUUACCGGGAAGUGUGAGAGACUUAUUUAAUCACAACAAGGUCCAAAAAACGCGGCCAUCACUAGAAGACAUAUCAGGAGCUCUCCACUCCGUUGUCGCAAAAUACUCGAGAAUAUUUAUUGCUGUCGAUGCACUGGAUGAAUGCCAAACAUCCGAAGGCUGCCGGAUGAGGUUUCUCUCCGAACUUUCUAGUCUCCAGGCGAAAAAUGGAGUAAAUAUAUUCGCAACCUCUCGAGUAGACGUUGAGACUGGGAAGGCAUUCACCAAGGCUGCAUAUUUGAAAGUCUAUGCAAGAAAUAACGACAUAGAGAUGUAUUUGGAUGAGAGGAUGCGACUCCAACACUCAGAUAUCUUCGACGACACCAUUAGAAGAAUAAUCAAGAGAGAUGUUAUCAAGGCAACCGAUGGAAUGUUUCUACUGGCAGAGUUACACAUGAAUUCACUUGUAUCGCUACCGACAAGAGGGCAUGUUAAAGACGCCCUGCAGAAUCUUACCAACAGAAUAGAGAAGUUGGACGAUAUAUAUGAGCAAGCCAUGAUAAGAAUUGAGGACCAUGGGAAGGAAAGUCAAGACUUAGCGAAACAAAUCCUGUCGUGGAUUGUUUAUGCUAGAAGGCCUCUUCUUACAUUAGAGCUCCAGCAUGCCCUUGCGGUUCGGCCGCAUACUACGGAACUGGACAAAGACUACAUUCCAAACAUUAAUAUCCUGCAAUCUCUGUGUGCUGGGCUAGUCACAAUCGAUGAAGAAAAUGACACCAUUCGACUGGUCCAUUACACCGCGCAAGAAUAUUUCCAAAGGACACGACAGCGGUGGUUCUUGGGUGGGGAGUCAGAAAUCACAAGAUCCUGCGUCACAUACCUAUCAUACAGUGCCUUUCAGAGAGGGCCUUGCGACACAGACGAAGAAUUCGAGAAGCGUUUGCAGUCAUAUCCACUCUAUAACUAUGCCUCACAAUACUGGGGACAUCAUGCUCGCGGAGCUUUGACUCUAUGCCCUGAAGUUAUGGAAUUUCUCAGUCGCAACAUGAAGGUAGAGGCAUCAGCCCAGACAAUGAUGGUGAGUUACAGGACUUACUUGGCAGCAUCCUUUGGGGCUGAAGAAGCGGUUAAGACUCUUCUUCAAAAACGAGCCGAACCCGAUGCAAGUGACAGCUAUGGUCGAACCCUAUCAUCAUAUGCUUCGCAAAAUGAGCACAGUGCGAUCAUAAAGCUGCUUCUUGAGCAAGGUAUAGGUGCAGAUUCUCUGAGCAAUGAAGAGCUAAUACCGCUAUCACACGCUGUGGGAUAUUCGCACACUACAAUACUGGUGCAACCAUUAGCGACGGAAAGAGUUGACCAGGGCUACAAGAACAGCUGUGGACGAACACCGCUAUCAUCUGCAGCAUGGAACGGAUACGAGGCUGUGGUCAGGCUUCUUCUCGAGAUAGGUGCUGAUGUGGAGUCCAAGGGCACUCUGUAUAAAGGGACGCCGCUGUUGUUGGCUACAGAGAACAGACACGAGGCGGUCGUUAGGCUGCUGCUCGGUAUGAAGAAAGUCACCGCCGAUGGGAAAGGCAAUUGUGGCCGAGCACCAUUGCUCUACGCGAUUAAAAAUGGUUAUGGUGCGGUAGUAACAUCCAUUCUUUCCGACAGUGUCGUUGAUCAGAAUCAGAUAGACCACGGUGGUUCGACGCUAUACUCAAUAGGAGUGCGAAAUUCUCAUGCGGAAGUGGUAAAGAUCCUGCUGGAUACUGAAAUCGUUGCUUGUGACUCUUGGGGUUAUUUUGGACGGAGUGUAUUUUGA